AAAAAAAAGUUGGCAUUUUCAAUUCAUCAAAGAUGUCGUUUUCCGAUUCCGAGUACAAGAAUUUCCGGCAGGUCACCCGCGAAAGAUUGUUGUUUGAGAUGCUCCGCUCAUCCAAAUCAGAUGAUCCAAGAUCCGCAUGGAGGGUACUCAUCAUGGAUAGGGUGACUGUGAAAGUACUGUCUAGCUCAUGCAAAAUGGCAGAUAUCACAGAUGAAGGAAUUUCUCUGGUGGAAGAUCUUUUCAGAAGAAGACAACCUUUACCUGCUAUGGAUGUCAUAUAUUUCAUCCAACCAACUAAAGAGAAUGUGAUCAUGUUCCUAUCUGAUAUGUCUGGAAGAGAGCCUUUAUACAGAAAAGCUUAUGUGUACUUCAGCACACCCGUCCCGAAGGACCUGGUUAAUCGAAUCAAGAGCGAUACAAGUGUGUUACCGCGUAUAGGUGCACUAAGAGAGAUGAAUUUGGAGUACUUCCCAAUGGACAGUCAGGCAUUUCUCACUGAUCAGGAUAGAGCCUUCCAUGAGCUCUUUGGUGAAGGUGCUGAAAAUCCGCGUAAAUUUCAGUCAUGCUUGAGCAUAAUGGCCACUAGAAUUGCCACUGUUUUUGCUUCACUAAAGGAAUUUCCUAUUGUGCGGUAUCGAGCUCCCAAGGGAAAUGAGGAUUCUGCAAGAAGAAACCAGGAAUUAAUUCCCAAAUUCCUUGCUUCUGCAAUUUGGGAAUGCAUUUCUACAUACAAAUCCACCAUCCCUAACUAUCCCCAAAAAGAGACAUGUGAUUUGCUGAUUGUGGACAGGCCAGUUGAUCAGAUUGCUCCUAUCAUCCAUGAGUGGUUCUAUGAUGCUAUGUGCCACGACCUUCUUGAAAUGACCGGUAACAAAUAUGUACACGAGGUGCCUAGCAAGACGGGCGGUGACCCUGAGAAGAAGGAAGUUCUUUUGGAAGAUCAUGAUGCUGUCUGGCUUGAACUCCGCUAUAAUCAUAUAGCAGAAGCUAGUGAAAAGUUACAUGACAAGUUUAGCAACUUUGUUUCCAAGAACAAAGCAGCACAGCUGCAACAAAGAGAUGGAAGUGAACUAUCGACCCGGGACAUACAGAAAAUGGUUCAAGCUUUGCCACAGUACAAUGAACAAAUGGAGAAGCUCUCGCUCCACGUUGCAAUUGCUGGGAAGAUAAACUCGAUUAGCAGAGAGCAAUGCCUUCGCGAUCUUGGACAGGUUGAGCAGGAUCUCGUCUUUGGUGAUGCUGGAUCAAAGGAAGUGAUCAAUGUUCUUAGGACAGCUCAGGAUUCACCGGCUGAGAACAAGCUAAGGUUGUUGAUGAUUUAUGCAUUAGUUAGUCCAGAGAAGUUUGAGGGCCAAGCAGCAAAGCUAAUGCAGCUGGCAAAACUAACUGCAGAAGAUAUGAAGGCUAUAAACAAUAUGAAACUACUCGAGGGGGCAUCAGAUAAGAAAAAAGCUGCAGAUGCGAAAGCCUCCCUAAAGUUUGAUGCAAAAAAGACACAAAAUAAUGCAUAUCGAAAGGAUCGAGCUGCUGCAGAUGAGGAGCAAUGGGCGUUAUUCCGGUUUUUUCCAGUGAUAGAGGAGUUGAUUGAACAAAUGACUAAAGGCGAACUUCCAAAAGAUGAAUUCCAUAGAAUGGGCAAUGAAGGACCAUCUGGGCAAGGGGGCAGUGGGGAUUCCAAGGGCUCAUCUGCAAAGACAACCGAUGGCACAGGAGGCCCGCGAUCAAUGAGAUCCCGGAGGACUCCAAACUAUGCUCGUCGGGGCACUUCUGAUGAUGGUUAUUCCAGUGACUCGGCUUUGAGGGGUGCAUCUGUGGAUUUCAAGAACAUGGGGCAGCGCAUUUUCGUGUUCGUAGUGGGCGGGGCAAUGCGAUCUGAGCUUAGAGCUUGUCACAGACUGACAACAAAGCUAAGGAGAGAGGUUGUUCUUGGGUCAACUAGCAUAGAAGAACCACCUGAAUAUCUAGUGAAACUGAAAUCGCUGUUCGAACCCGAAACUGAUUCCUCCAUUGACAGAGGUUUGGGUUUGUGAAGUGAGGUUUGCCUGCAAAACCAGCAGCUAAGGUCACUUGGGGUGUCAAGAUUGGUCACCAUUAGUAUAGUUCAGAGUUUUUGCCAUAUAAAAAAGAAAAAAUGCCCACCGUGGGGCUCGAACCCACGACCACAAGGUUAAGAGCCUUGCACUCUACCAAGUGAGCUAGACGGGCAGUUAUUUGGCAAGCAAUAGUUUGCUUAUUACACUGUUGGUCUGAAAUGUUAUUAAUUCUUAGAAGUUUUUUUUUUCUUUUUGGUUUAAGUCUAAAAAGUAUUUGUAAUAUGGGGCUUAUUGAAGCUAUUUGAUCCCAAUUGGAUUGAGAUUAAAACUUAGUUGUAUUGUAUUAAGUAUUCUAAAAUAAGAAAGUUCUAUGAAUU